ACCUACACCACAGCUCAUGGCAACGCCGGAUCGUUAACCCACUGAGCAAGGUCAGGGACCGAACCCGCAACCUCAUGGUUCCUAGUCGGAUUCGUUAAUCACUGCGCCACGAUGGGAACUCCGGGAGACGUUUUUUAUAGGCAGAAUUUGGGGCGAGGGGCUGCAGGGUGUGUGAUUGGCUGGUGGGGGGGAACAGGGCGUUGCUCCACGAAUCAGGCGCUUAGUGGGAAGUUGCCAUCCUCCGCCUGGGUGGGGGCUUGAGUUCCAGCAGAAGAACUCAGAAAUAUUGUCAUGUAUAUUUCCUGAGGAGGAACCAGAACCCUGCCCCAAGGCUCUGAGAUUAUUUCUUAACUGCCCCCCCCCUUUGUUUCUACGUUCCCUCCCUUCCCUGAUUAGCAGCUGUGUGCAUCUGCCCUUUGGAACUCAGGGGAGGUCAAGGGGGUUGGAUGAAGCCUUUUUCCUUCUAGGAAAAAAUGGGGAACACUGAAAGGAUUUCUACCAGGACCCCACUGAGUCCUGCUCCGUGUCCAUCUUAUGACAGGCACCAUGGCGGACGCUAGAGGUGGAAGGAGAGGGGCUGUCACCUCAUCUCUAAGUCACAAGACCAGGAGCCCUGCAAUUUCAGAUCCCCUAGGACUGGAACUCCCGUAAGCUCCGGCUUUAGAAAAGAGUAGGGCGGGGCUCAGAAGCAUCACAAAAGAGCCCGAUGGGUGAGGUUUUGUUUUCUAUCUUGUCACCUCCAUCACUUUUCUCAUCCAAAGGGCGUAUUUGAGAAGGGAGGCUACCGGUGCCCUGUGGAGUGUUCUGGAAGAGUCGGGGGACCCGGCUGUGGCUCUUUGCCAGGAGCAACCAGCCGGGGUUGGGGGGGGCGGGGAGCACCGCAGCCUGUCGGAUGACUAGCCGGAAAUGGCACGCCUGCCAGAACACAUCAUUUCAACUUUGCUUUACUGUACUUAUUCCCUGAAUGACAGUAACGGGGGGGGGGGGGGGAACCUUGGGAAAUGAGAGAAAAGGGAUCGGAGAAACUAAAUCUGCGAGGGAAAAAGGAAUUACCAGAGUUUUAGUGGAACAGCCAGCCCCUGCGAGCUGGAGCUGGAGGGAGGGAAAAGGCUGGGCUUAAGCAACCUGCUAUUGGGAUUUAGACAAAGGCGGUUUGAGAGGCAGAGGACGACGAGGCGGGAUCAGUUGCUAAUAUCAACAUGGGGAGAAAGCCAGCUGCUGGACUCCGGGGGAUGACACCGAAUCCGAUCACCGCGUUUCCUUCAGCGCAGGAAUUGCUGGAGUAUGUACCAAAAUAAGAACUCAGAGAAAAAAGUAAGUUUGGGAAAGGACUUGCAGAUUCUGACAGUCUUUGAAAUCUUACUCCUCUUGGAGGCAUGACUUCAUUGAUGCGUUUCCUCUUUAUAGCUUCUGUCUCUUGUGUAAUCAUUUUUAUCGUGUUCUAUGCGUUUCAUUUUGGGGGAGAGCAAAGCUUCCAGAGGCUAAAUAACUCAGACCCUCUGAUGCUGAGUCAAGUUUGCACAUCCUCCAUCAAAGGCAAAACACCUUUCCUCUGGAGAGACAGACUAACGAUCUAUGAGAAGUCUUCUUGCAAGGAAUACCUGACCCAAAGCCACUAUAUCACGGUGCCUUUAUCUAAAGAAGAAGCUGACUUCCCCUUGGCCUACAUCAUGGUCAUUCAUCACAAUUUCGAUACCUUCGCAAGGCUCUUCAGAGCUGUGUACAUGCCUCAGAACGUCUACUGUGUCCACGUGGAUGAGAAAGCCACCACUGAAUUCAAAGAUGCAGUGGAGCACCUCCUGAGCUGCUUCCCGAAUGCCUUCCUGGCUUCCAAGACGGAGCCCGUGGUCUACGGCGGGAUUUCCAGGCUCCAGGCGGACCUCAACUGCAUCAAGGAUCUGGCGGCCUCGGCGGUCCCGUGGAAAUACGCCAUCAACACCUGCGGGCAGGACUUCCCCCUGAAAACCAACAGGGAGAUCGUUCAGUAUCUGAAAGGGCUUAAAGGGAAAAACAUCACCCCGGGGGUGCUGCCCCCCGCUCACGCCAUUGGACGGACGAGAUACGUCCACCGGGAGCACCUGGGCAAAGAGCUUUCCUAUGUGAUAAGAACCACGGCGCUGAAACCGCCUCCUCCGCACAAUCUCACCAUUUACUUUGGCUCUGCCUAUGUUGCUCUGUCCAGAGAGUUCGCCACCUUUGUUCUCCAGGACCCUCGGGCUGUGGACUUGCUCCACUGGUCCAAAGACACCUUUAGUCCGGAUGAGCAUUUCUGGGUGACCCUCAAUAGGAUUCCAGGUAUGUGA